AAAAACUUAUCACAGCCCCAUCUUUGCUUAUCCAGAUUUUUCACAAGAAUUUCUCCUUUUCAUAAAUGUAUUGGGUGUUACUUUAGAAGCCAUUCUUUCUCAAAAAGAUCUUCAAGAGAAGAAGUGA